AUGGCUUGGGCGGACGAAGAAGAUCUAGCAUAUACUUCGCCAGGCGUGCCUAAAAGAAAUGUUCAAUGGUACUUAUUGGAAGAUGCGGAUGACCGGGUGAAAUGGUUUACCGGUAUUCUUUUAGUAGUUUCAGUUGGAAUGUUGGUAGCAGGAAGUGUCAUGUUAGGAAUUGGUAUAUCAAAAAAUAACAGUGUGCCAGUUCCUGACAACUCAGCAGUUGGAUACACAAUGUUUUUGACUGUGCAAACCCGAGCAUUACCUUAUUCAGCAGUUGUCAACGAUUACUCAGGAAGUGUAACAAAUCUGACAGACCAGAUGAGACAAGCGAUAUCUUCUCCUAGUAGUGCCAGCAGCUUCCAACUUGCCAUCCAACCAAAUGUCCCGAUUACUAUGUAUAAAAUCUCAUACCAUCAUCGAUAUUUACUUAUCAAUUUCAGCCUUGGAAUCUCAAGCGCUGGGCAGUGGGCGGAUGUGAUGUAUGCUUUGUCUUAUGCAGAUUCUAAUAAACCUUUACUGAAAGACGUACAAAAACAAGUCGCCUCAUCUUCCGCGUUUGCGGCGGUGAUUGCUUCAGAUCAAACUCCAAAAACUUUGGACGAAAUGACAUGUGCAUCUGUAUCAGAUGUUACAUUCACUACUGUAACCGGACCAACAGGAGCACCAACCACUUCUCCCGUAACUGUUUCUUCUGUUUCCUCCGGAACGCCAGGGACAGUUACCGUGCCAACCGGCUCCGUUCCAACUGUUACCGGACCCACAGUUACAUCUAACCCCGUCACAGUCACUACUACUAAAAAUGCUCCAGUCACAGGCAGCACUCUGACACCACCAAUUCCACCGGUCACUAAACCGACAGAACCAGCGAGAACUACAACAACUGCUUUUGUGAAAACUCCGUAUAGUAAAGAUGUAAUUAUUGUUCUUGAUGAUUCCAAAGCAAUGCUGAAUGCAAAGAACUUCAACUUAGUCAAAUCUUGGAUCGACAACACUCUUUUGCCUCUCUGGGUGAUUGAUAGGAAAGAUGUACAGAUUGCUUUUGCAACUUAUGCAGAUACCGAGUUCAACACACUUCUCGAUUUCGACGAAGCCGAUGAAAAUGAAGUCAGUAGCGUGAUUUCUGCACAAGUGUAUUCUGGAAAGUUUAACUCUAGCAUUACUUAUGGUAUCCGCGCUGCUGGAGACAUUCACGGUCUACGACCUGUGAACCAAACUGUAAUCUUCAUAUCUGCUUCCGAAGAUCUGACCGACAUUGAAUCAGCCACCCAGUACGCAUACAUUCUCAACACUCUUCCUAAACAACUCAUUACAAUCACCUUAAACUCUGUUACGGACGGAAAACAACUUGGUUUAUUAUCGACUAAUCAAAAUCACUUUUUUGGUGUAUCAGACUUCAACCUAACAUUUGUUAUCGCUCAGCAACUAACCCAAUACAUGUUCGGAACAUUGACUCCAUCCACAUCUGCUCCUACAACUACUGGUGUCCCCGACAGUUCUUGCAAAACCGAUGUCACAAUUUUGAUGGACAAUAACAAUGACGUUGGCAGUAUUGAUGAAUUCCAAAAUCAAGUCCGUACGAUAUCGAAACUCAUUAAAACCUGGCCAAUUUCUCCCGAUCUUAUGGAAGGAGAAGCUGUAGUUUUUGCAACGUCACAAGGUGGACAAAUCAUUGAAAACUCAUUUGCUUAUCAAUCUGCGUCUGCAUUUGCCAACGAAGUUAUGGCGUUUGAUGAUUUCUACUUUGCAAGCUCAGCUCCAUGUCUGACGUCGUCUCUACAGUAUCUGUCACAGCACUUAAACAACAGAAGAACAGGGCGUGCCCAGGCUACAUUAGUCUUCACUUACUCUAGCGACAAUUCCGAUGUUCAAAACGCAGUCGAAUUUGCAAAUCAAAUUGGAGGAAAUUUGAUUUUAGUGGCAAUUGGUAACGCGGACCAGACCGUUUUGAAACAACUUUCAGGAAAUGUGAUUUAUGCAAAAAACAUGACCACUGACAUCAUUGACCAGGUAAAUGAUUUGCUCUGCACUCCCGCAACCAGAGCUCCUAUGGUCACCGUUACCACAAAUCUUCCAACAAGUGCUCCUACUUCCACUCCACAACCGACCACUUCAGAAGUUUCGACUCCAGCACCAACUCCAGCAAUUACAACACAAAUGCCUGACAACUGCCCAGAUUGCUCUCCAAAAACUGCCAACAUUCUUUUGUUAAUGGAAGCAUAUGGUACAAAGCUGGCUAAUCAGACGAAACUUCUAGACACUGAUCUGAUUGCCAACUGGAACCAUUUUGAAAGAACUUCAGUUAUGGGUUUCGACACCGAGACUAAGUUUUUGGAUCCAAUCAAUUUCGGCGACUUGCAAAACAAAGAUGAAUUCACAACCAUUGUCAAUUCUAUUAGUGACUUAGCUCAGAAACCAACAAUUGUAUCAGCGUUCAAUCUAGCAAUGAAUAAUGCUAAACCAUUGGCACAGUUUGGAAAAAUGAACUCUAUCAUUUUCACCAGUGGAGCAACAGCUGAUGAAGUCAGCUUGUCAACUGCUUCGUCAUCAAUUCUUAGACGUAAUGGAAAAGUGAUCAUUGUCGGUAUGAAAUUAGCUGAUACGAAUGGACUUGAUACUUUGUGUGAUGUGCUUCUCAAAUGGGACGAUCUAACUGACACGGCAACCAUAAGCACUCAAAUCAACCAGGCUCUGAAUAGUUGA